AUGAGUGACAAAGACACUGAUACAUCCAACACUGCCAAACCACCGGUCACUCUUCACCCGGUAUACACGGUCACUGACAUCCAGAAGAAAGUGCGCAUUCUGGAUGGUACUAAGGUCAUGUAUUCUGCGUGGGUGGAGCUUUUUAACCUUCAUGCACGCGGGUACGAGGUCCUUGAUCACAUCACCUCUGAACCACCGGCUAAAGACGACCCGUCUUACGCACAAUGGAUGAAGAUUGAUGCUAUUGUCCUACAGUGGAUUUACAGCACAUUGUCUGAAGAAUACUUGCUUCGGGUUCUUGAAGAACCCUCAACCGCACUCCAAGUCUGGAACCGGGUCAAAGCAAUUUUUCACAACAACAAAGGACCACGUUGUGCAGCCUUACAAACCCGGUUCGUCAUCCUAAAACUCAGUUCCAUGCCUUCCUUGGAAGCCUACUGCUAA